GCUGUAAACACUGCGGUAAGGAAGGGCUGGUGACUUUAGCUGAAGAUAAGUAGGAAAUUCUACAGGACCGUAGGGCAGUUACAGUCUCCCGGGAGUUUCUGAGAGCUGGAGCCAGCAGUCCGGGCCAUAGGCACAGCACUGGCAACACCAGCAUGAUACCACAACCCGUGACCAAUGAGAGCGUUAUAGUUCUCACACCAAGUGGCAUCUACUUCCCCUCAGCAGAGAAACUCAAACCCACCACCCAGAGGCAGGCUAGCCUGGAGAAAUGUCUAAAGGCAGAGAUCAAAGUUCUUGGGACUGUCCAGAUCAUGUGCGGGGUGAUGGUGUUGAGUUUGGGAAUCAUAUUGGCCUCUUCUCCCUUCGCUCAGUAUUUUACCCAAGUGUUUUCCACCCUGUUGAAAGCUGCUUACCCAUUCAUAGGAGCCUUGUGUUUUAUCCUCUCUGGAUCUCUGUCAGUCAUCACAGAGAAAAAGUCAACUAAGCGGUUGGCUCAGAGCACCCUGGUUGCAAACAUUCUGAGUUCUCUAUCUGCUCUAGCUGGUUUCAUCCUCCUCUCUGUCAAACUGGCUGCUUUGGGUCCUGCCUUUCGGUUGUGUGACUUACCCAGAGAAGAAUUAACAUAUCAUCAUUUUUAUCCAUUAAAUUUCCACGAGACUAUUAAGGACUGCUACUUGGCUGAAUCUGUUCUGGCUGGAACUCUGUCUUUGAUGCUGAUCUGCACAGUGCUGGAGUUUUUCCUAGCUGUGCUCGCUGCUGUGGCUUGGCAGAAACAGGCUCGCUCUGACUCCCCUGAGAGUGUACUCUUCCUGCCUGAAGGUCACAAGAAUAAAUCCAGCACGACCUCAAAGGCACCGUUUGACCCUGAUUGUGAAGAAUUAUUGACGCCUUAGGGGGAAAAAAAAGGAAAAAUAUUCAACAGAAAUUUGGUUUUAUGACAAUAAAUGAAAACCAACAAAGAAACCCAACCCAAGAAAGCAAAGUUUGAGCUUCUUAAAAUGUAGACUUUUAUGUAGUGAACAUUAAAAAAACAGUAUUUGUUUUCUUGUCAUUAAAAUAUGUGUUCAAUGGCGA